UAAUUUAUUUCUCCUUCAAUCAUUGCUGAGCCACAAUCACUUGCAGUUUGUGCCACAUAUAUAGUCUUCCAUAUCUCCAUGUAGCAAAAGCAUUUAGGACGUCUGACGAUAUGUGGAGCAACCUUCCUUUUGAACUCCUAGCCAACAUUUUCUCUUAUCUUUCUCCUGAUUCAUUAGCCAGGGCUAAAUCCGCCUGCAAGAGUUGGCACACAUGUGCUAACAAUUCACCUUCAUGGGCAACGCUGCCAUGGCGGCAAUAUCCGCCGUGGUUUCUAGCAUUGCCCACACGCAACCAUGGGCAUUUUAUUUGUGCUCGCAACCCAAUUAAUGAUUCUUGGCAUCUAUUGCCUCUUGACUUCAUUCCCAACCCAAUUCGCCCAAUUGCUGCAGUUAAUGGCCUAAUACUACUGAGAGAAACUACAACUACUAGCCUUCAAUUAGCCAUAUGCAACCCUUUCACUCGCCAGUUCAGGCACCUCCCAAAGCUAAAUGUCACGAGGACUAAUCCAGCUGUUGGGGUAAUAUCACUGGAUUCAGCAAACUUCCAGGUCUAUGUUGCCGGAGGAAUGUCAGAGGCAAGCAGCGUCGGAGGAGGUGCUUCGUACGAGCCCAGCUUAGAAGUGUAUGACUCUGUUCACGAAAACUGGAAAACAAUCGGAUCAAUGCCGAUGGAAUUUGCAGUAAGGCUAACAGUUUGGACCCCAAACGAGAGUGUUUACUGCAACGGCAUCCUGUAUUGGAUCACCUCAGCCCGGGCUUAUACUGUAAUGGGAUUCGAAAUUAGGAACAAAAAUUGGAGAGAAUUAGGAGUGCCGAUGGCUGACAGGCUUGAAUUUGCAGCACUGGUAGAAAGAAAUGGGAAAUUAUGUCUUGUUGGUGGAACUAGUGAUACAGGGGCAUGUAUAUGGCAGCUUGAGGAAUCAAAUAAUUGGAGAAUGAUUGAGAAGGUGCCACAAGAAUUGUGGGCAAAAUUGUUUGGAGGUAAAGGAAGAUGGGGUAGUAUUAACACCAGAUGUGUGUGCAUUGGUGGGACAAUGUGCUUGUACAGAGAUCUUGGAUCAGGAAUGUUGGUAUGGAGAGAAUGUGCAGAAAAUGGUACUAAAUAGGAAUGGCAUUGGAUUGAAGGGUGUGGUACAAUUAAAGGGGUGCACUUGCAGAAUUUCCCCAUUAAAGGACUGUUGCUACAUCCCUAUCUUGCAUCCUCCAACUUCUUGCUGAAUGAAUGAGCUCCAAAUUCUUUUCUCUUCCCAGUUCCAAAAACAUACUCUAUAUACUACACCAACAACAAUGAAAUCCCAUUAAGUGAUAUCUGGUCAUUUGAGAGGAUAGAUUGUACGCAAAUUUUAUCAUUAUUUCAUACUGAUAGAGAGGUUGUUUACCUAUGUAAAAAGAAAAAUACCGACUUUUCAGCUAGUGUUUUAUAACAUUAAUUUGUUAACUUGGCGUAAAUACUAAAUGGAAAUAAAUAUUUACUCCAAUAUAUACUAAAUGGAAUUUCUUAAAUGUCUUGCAUUUGAUGCUUGGACAUUUUA